GAUCCCCCUUUCCGGUGUCGUCUGGUUACUGCGGCGGAUGUUGAUGUUUUGUUUUGGAUCCUACAGAACGAUGUGAGCAAUCAUCGCGGAAAGGUUUAUUUUGUGCUUGUCUCUACAGUCAUUUUUUUUUAAUUCACAUUCGUUUCUCGGUAAGGGUUUUAUCUCUUUGUCGGCAUCGUGUCUCUCCCGGCGUCUCUCCCGGGAAGCGCGAGGCCGAGUCGUGCGAUGAUGGAGGACUUUGAUGAGAUCUACGAAGAGGAGGAGGAAGAGGAGGACGAGGACAGGGCCGCGGAGGAGCAGCUCCUAAAGUACGCUCCGGACCCGGUGGUGGUGCGAGGAUCCGGCCACGUCACUGUGUUUGGCCUCAGUAACAAAUUCGAGUCGGAAUUUCCUUCGGCGCUUACAGGAAAGGUGGCGCCAGAGGAGUUCAAGGCUAGCAUCAACCGUGUAAAUGGCUGCCUGAGAAAGACGCUACCGGUGAAUGUGCGCUGGUUGCUGUGUGGCUGCCUCUGCUGCUGCUGCACACUGGGCUUCAGUCUGUGGCCUGUCAUCUGCCUCAGCAAGAGGACAAGAAGAUCUAUAGAGAAGCUACUGGAGUGGGAGAACAGCAGACUCUACCACAAGUUGUGUUUGCAUUGGAGACUAAGCAAAAGGAAGUGUGAAACCAACAACAUGAUGGAAUAUGUAAUCCUAAUAGAGUUCCUACCCAAGAUCCCCAUCUUCAGACCGGACUAGCCAAACUGCAGCUGAGCUAAAAUCUCCACUGCUUCCCAGCUCUGUCACAGAAUCACAAUGGCUGUAAUGCUCCUCGGUAAACUUACUUCCCCAAAAUACAUCCGAUACUUUAUGUUUACAGGGUAGCACCGAUCCUUUUUCUUUGACCUUUUCCCAUACCCACACAUUCCCUACACUUGUUUACAAACCCAGCAUCACCAAGCUUUUUUUUUUUUUUUUUGGAGCGAACUUACCAAUGAGCCACAUACUUCCAGAGGAGCUGGAGCCUUUCGAGACAGGCCAUGUUGACUGGCACAUGGUUGUAGGACAGCAAGGGAGCUGCAACAUGAAUUAACUUGGGCGUGGAGAUUGGACUGUUGAUUUGAGCUCAGUGCGCUACAACUGGAAUUUUGUCACCCUUUCUUUACUUAAGUACAUGGCACAAUCUGAACAUGAUAAUUGUCUUGAAACUCUUUCAUAUAUUAUUUACUGUCAUACCGCCAAUUCCACCUGCAAAAAACAAAAACAAAAAAAAAACACCCCAGUGCUUUUGGAACUGUUGGUUUGGUGUUGGGGAUCCUGGUAGAGGCUGUGGAGGCAACAUUACAUCGAGCUCAAAAGGAACCACAGACAAACAUCGAUGGAAGAGCUCUCGAUGCAGAUCCACUUUGUAGCAAACAGACAAGAUCUUUGAGGGGCACCUCGGGCAAACAGCCAGAUCCGCUGAACUCAGUAAUGUCACACUGUUAUCAUCUACCAGACAUCUCUACGUUCCCCCUCCUCUUGAAUCCCUGCACAAUUUUGACCGUGCAUCACCCUAACCCAGUGACAAUCACACUAUCUGACUCCAUAAUAUGAAUGGAUCUCUAUGCCACAGACGUACCUGGAACGAUGUAUUUUCAGUGUUGUGUGUGUCCAGGUGGUGGGCUGUUGUCUCUGACUGCCUAGCGACUGCUUCAACGUGGCAGUGGAACAAUUAAGCAGAAAACAAGCCCGUCGGUGGUGCAGAAUGGAGAGCUUCUUUACUUUUUUAGUAUCUUUAGUUUUGUUUACCUGUUUUGGUGAAAAUGGGGCAGUCAGUGCUUGCAAAACUGUUCACUGUGUUUGUGUGUUGUGAGUGUGUCUGUGUGAGUGUGUGUUUGAGAGAAACAUUAGCAAAAAAGACAAAUCAGACAUGGGGAGAUACUCUUCACUCUGUAAAGCAGGGUUCUGUCUUUUGAAAUAUUUUGCCAUAACCAGUCGUGUUACUUUUUGUUAUAAUUAUUUAUAAGUACAUGAGUGCACAUGUAAUGUUUGCAUUCAUGAAAUAGGCCUUGAUUAUUUUGUCAAAAGGUAUGCUAUGGUUGUUUUCUUCAGGCUCUGCACUGUGGUCCUGUGUCAACAGUAAAGCACACAAUAGCUUUGUCCUUACACUUUUCACACGGCCUCCCUUCCUUACCUGCUCGACUUGGCUUGCAGGUGUGCUUGAGCCACGAUGUGUCCCACUUGAGAAAGUCCUGUUUUUGAUGUGUCCUAACUCACUAUGAUAAGAGGUCUGAGGUGACAGGGAAUGUCAGUUCCCUGUUGGUUUUAUCAGACAAAAGCAGAUCUGUUUUUACGAACUGUUAAUACGAUAUGAAGGGCACAUCUUAAUGUAAUUAAAUGUUUUAUUUCAACUCAUCAGCAGUUGGGAUCAUAUCUGUUAGAGAUAUCAGGUGCAUAAGUGUGAACAGAAUAUGCUUUUGUACUGUAGAAGUCAUAUUUACUCCAUUGCAAAAAUGCUCCAAUGAAAGUUGCUAUGCAUAGAUAUAUUAGUAGUCUUCUGAAUACUUUGCAGAUGCAUAUGUUUGUUAAAAUUACUCUUAUUAUAAUCACAUGAAAAUUCAUGAAUUAACACCAAAUGGAUUCUAUAUUUAAAGCUUAUUUUCUUUUUAAGUAGAGAGACACCAACACGUAGCAAAUCCCAGCAUUUCACAUAGCAUUUUUCAAAACAUGAAUGGGAAUGAAUUGGAUGCAGGAAGCCUCAACUUCUAAGCUACCAAAGCAUGUACUGGACAGACAGAUAUUUGUGACGGACAGAUCUGAUCACAAUUGUUGAUGAGAGGUUAAAAAAAGGAUCUGUAUGUUCCUUUUAAAUCAAACUUACCCCAAAAUGUUGCCAGUAUAUAGAACAAGGAAUAGGGUAAAUGAUUGAGGGCCAUUAUGAAAAGAUGCAGAUUGAACUUUUCCCAGCUCAGCACACUUUUUGGUUUAAAUACUCACAAAUACAUAUUGGUAUGCGAGAUUAUCUAUCACAAAAAAAAAAAAAAAUGAACAAAGCCACUGAGGUUCAGGUCACUCAGCUUUGGUGAUUGUAUGGGUCAUGCUCAGGGGAUUAUAAUAGAAAAAAAAAACAGAAAGAAAGAAAUGUAGCAUUAAGAAAUCUUCGCCUU